AUGAUUUUGAUAAUAGCGAAUUUGCUUCUACUGGCGUGCUCUGCGUUCCCUGUGAACGAAGCUUCGUCUCCGUUAUUCACCACUACAGAUGGGAACGAUGACUCUUUGUUGGCGCCUCGAGAUACGGAAUAUUUCACCCUUCGAGUUAUGCCCCUUGGAGCCUCGAUAACACAGGGAUACUUGUCUAGCGAUAAUAAUGGAUAUCGAAAAGUGCUUCGGGAGCAACUUCGAUAUAGCGGGUGGCCUGUGAAUAUGGUUGGCGGUCUGGCGGGUGGAACUAUGCUUGAUAACAAUCAUGAAGGACAUGGAGGUUAUCGGAUUGACCAGGUAACGGCUGUUGUCGAGAACAACAUCUCUGAAAUGCCAAAUCUGAUACUUUUAAAUGUCGGUACAAACGACGCUCUCCAGGACUAUAACACCGACAGUGCCGGUGAACGCCUUGACUCUUUGCUUACUUUCCUGUACGGGGCAAUUCCGAAUACCACUAUUGUUCUAUCUACACUGCUCCCAAACACGAUACAACCAGAUCUUGUCGCUAAUAUCAACGACCAAUAUCACGAUGUCUACGACAAGCGCGAAGCAGCAGGUUACAGGAUUAUCCUUGCAGACAUGUACACGUUUCUCACCACGGACGAUCUACAAGAUGGUAUUCACCCCACUGACUAUGGGUAUGAAAAGAUGGCAUCGGUGUGGUGGGCAGCGAUUCAGACGGCUCAAGAUAGCGGAUAUCUUUCUGCACCUAUUGAUACGGGGUUCAGUGACUUUCCGAACAAUACCUGCCAAAAGACAUAUGAUAGUAGCAUGGAUGACUACGCACAAACCCAGGAAGAGUCCGGUACAGAUGAUGGAAAGUAUGUCCACACUUCACAGGACAUGGGCCGGCUGCUGGAUAUUGCCUCCGUCGCAGGCAACAUAUACCAGGGAGUCAAUCUCGCCCAGUUGGUAAACGUGGAUGGCGGAUAUCGAGAAAAUGCACUCGAUGAGUUGGUUUGGACCCAUGACGGCGAUGGUACAUACAUGUUUCUGAACGAAAACUCAGGGGUGUUUGGAUCAUCUGUUAAACUUGACGUCAAGAUCUCAUGUUUGGCUAAAGGGGUUCGUUGGGGCGACGUCAAUAAUGACGGACUAGACGAUUUUAUUUGUAUUGGUGCGGAUGGUGCAAUGUAUGUGGCCAUCAACCAAGGGGCAACGAACAAUGUGCCCACGUUUGAGGAUAUUGGGCAAGUUAUGGCUGCGCCUGGCGGUAAUAUGACUCAGACCAACGUACGGCUGGGAGACAUCGAUGGUGAUGGACGUAUUGACUAUUGCCUCAUCGCAGAAAAUGGUGAUAUUCACUGUUGGCGCAACGGCGGCCAAGGUGACGCCCCGACUUCUUCAUAUGGUGGCUACUGGCAAGACUUGGGUACCGUUUUUAUGGGGAAAGGAUUGGGCGACAUUAAUGGCGUUCGACUCGUUGACAUUAAUGGAGAUUUCCGUAGCGACUGGUUAUGGGUUGAUGAUACCGGCAAAGUAACGACAUACAUCAACAAUCGCGGUACCGGCAAAGGCAGUUUGGUGCCAGAUUGGGUCUCCGUUGGCGUCACUCAUGCGGGUAUGGGAGUAGCUGGAGCGAGAGAUCGUGUCAAGUUCGGGAAUGUGUAUGCCGGAAAUGGCGCAGACUAUCUUUAUGUUGAUUCGGUAGUUGAAUCCGCUUCGAAUGCUUCGAUCUAUGAUAAUUAUGCACAUGUCUGGAAAAAUACAGGAUAUGGCGGGACCGCACUGAAAGGCGACGGCGACUACUACUGUGACAUGAGAGGAACAGGCAUGGAUGACUAUGUCUGGGUGUCCCCAGAUGGCGUUGGCUAUUUGUAUGGAAAUACGCUUAACCCACCAAACUGGGAUCCCGCCGGAGUAGAAAUCUUUGACGCUGGCGUGGAACGAAAAGCCCUUCAUCUAGCUGACUUUGACGGAGAUGGCAAGUGCGAUCUAUGGCUCGUAGAUCGGGCUACCGGGGCAGCAGAAGUAUGGAUCAACAACUGGAACUCUUCGGCAAUGAGUUGGAACAAGCGAGGAGUAGUUACUGGCGAAGCAACCUGCACACAGAGUUGGGGCGUUGGCCUGUAUGAUAUUGGUCUUCGGUUUCACGAUAUCAAUGGAGACCAACGAGCUGAUUACUUAUGCAUGGAGCCUAAUGGCCGCACAACAGGAGCACUCAAUCUCGGCGAAAACGCUUUCGAAGAUGUCGGGCAGAUCAAGCAUAGCGAGGGCUACGACCGUGCGAACCACAAAUGGGCGGAUGUGAACGGUGAUGGUCUGGUAGACUUCCUCUGGGUUGACAAAUUUAGUGGAGAUGCAUCGGUAUGGCAAAAUGCGGGACAAAUGCCCAACGGCACCUUGAUAGAUGGCUCCUCGUUCCAAUGGACACCACUAGGUGCUGCCUAUGAAGGCGAAGAUAGAGGCGCAAACAUACACUUUCCCAAUCUUGGAGGGCUUGGACGUGCUGACUACCAUCAAGUCAUCCCGCGAACAAAUGUCGCAUACACCUGGUACAACGUUUGCCCCGGAGGCGGCAUCAGUGCACUGGAUGAUGAGAGUGCUUCAAUUGAUCCUCAGCUUCCGGCAUAUUCCAGUAGUUGA